AUGAGGCCACUGAUGUCCACGCUGCGUAGUAGCUGCGCUUCGAUAGCAUCGGGCUCCCGCAUCCGAACACUCCACACGGUCAGACCUUGCCUUGCUCAGGUCUCCCUUCCGCUCCCCUUCUCGUGGUCGCAUCUCGAAGCAGACGAUCAAUCUCGUGGCGGCAGCGAGGCGCAAUCACAAGCAUCCUCAUCGUCCGUCGUCCAAGACCAUCGUACAUUGGUACAGCAAAAGCGUGAACGAAAGCUACGGGAGUAUGAAGCCAAGAUCAAGGUCAAGGCCAUGCAGGAGGGCUUGUCUCCGGAAGAAUUUAAGCGAAGAUCGCUAGACUCUGCCUCGGCGAAACUUCUUCAUGGAGUUGGUUCUGCGGCAUCGACUUUUCGGUCUCAGUCGGACAGCAGAAGUGAAGUGUCCGAAGUAGAGAAGCGCAAUCAAGCCAUCGCCCAAGCGCUUCGAGACCGCUCCAAAAUGGAAGCAGCCAAGAAGCUUGCUACAGGUCAGAUCCAUUCGACACCAACUGGUGCGCAAGAGGGCCCUAUUAAGCCGCUCAACAAGAUUCUCGACGUAGAGAAGCUCGUGACACAAGAUCAAGAAACCAUCACCAAGCUCUGGGCAGGCUAUCACAUCAUCAAGAACAAGCUCUCAGCCGUGAUCCCGACAGAAAAAUAUCUCGAGCUGCUCGCCACCGCCCGAAAAUAUCCGCAGUUCGUAUUGCCAAUUCCACGUGAAGUCAUUGACGAAGAAUCUGAUGCGUCUGGUAUCUCGAAGGAAGCUUUCGAAAUGCAGUUCCUCGAAUGGGCUGUCGUACCGAAUCCUGCCGCCGAAGGCUUGCCGCCUUCCGCCACCACCCUCUUCACCCCGUUGGCAGAGUACAAGCUCAAGCAAGACUUCAGUCAACCCGUUCUCAUCCUUACCUUUUACACUGAUCUGUGCAAGAGCAAUGGCCUCGUAUUGAUGCGAGGCGAGGUGACUGGACUUAACGAAAAAACUGGCAAGGGCGGUCGCAUCGAUCAAGCUCAGGCACAAUUGCUUGCCCUCACACUUCAGAGAUUCUAUUUGCCAUCAUCUCCCUCCACUACUGCAUCCGAAAGUGAGAGUCAGGAUCACUCGGCUUGUGCCAAGCUUUUGCACGACUUUCACAAGCAGCCAGAGAACUUCGACGUCGAGGAGCUUGUCAAUGUAGCUUUUCGAGUUUGA